AUGAUGGUGUCUUUCCUCAUCGAAGGCGCCAUCGCUGCUCCCACCGAUCUGGACGCGGCUCGCCCCGCCAAUCAAGGAAAGAUCACCUCGGAGAUCAGCGGCGGUCCCUACUCCGGCGACCUGACCUGGUUCUACACCGGUCUCGGCGCAUGUGGCCGCUGGAACGUCGAGACUGACUGGAUCGUCGCCGUUUCCCGCAUUGUCUUUGACCGGCAGGCCCGUGGCACCAACCCUAAUAACAAUGGCCUCUGUGGUCAGAAGAUACACAUCCAGCGUGAUGGUCAUACCGUCGAGGCUACCGUUGUUGAUCGUUGCGAGGAUUGUAAGGAGAAUGAUAUCGAUGUUACUCGUUCUCUCUUCCAGCAGUUUGACAACCUCGACCGUGGCCGUAUUGAUAUUGUUUGGUGGUGGAACUAG